GAACAUUUUCGAGCCGUAGCAACGUGCACCUGCCGUACCUAACAACGGGACGCUCGGGCGACUCGAGACGCGAGAGUAUGAAAUGAUUUGAUCCUUUAUUUUGCAUUAUCGAGCAGGUGAGGAAUUCAGACAUACGUUGAUCAACAGUAUUUGCUAUAGAGGCUAUAUUUUAGGGCAGAGUAAACAUGUCAGUUCCUCAUCGCACCUCCAAGCGUCCCUGGGGUACAAUAACCAAGCCAGAUGACAUGCAUAUGGGUUACCAAAAGGCCACUGAAUUCGAGAUUGACCAGGUGGUUGAGAGACUCUAUGAGGUUCCUAAGGAGAGACCUGUCACUUCUAAUCGGCCAAAUAAAAACAUGACAAGGGACGAGAUUGAGGAUAUGGUAGAACGACUUAGCAGAAAUGGUGGCGAAAAGGCAUCUGACUCACAGAGAGUUGCGAAAGGAGCUCUGAAAGACAUUGGUAUUUUGAAUUCGUUUGCAUGGAAAGGCUAUAAUUAUUGAGUUAUGAUGUUAUGAUUUUAAUUGAAAGGUGUUGAUGGGCAUUAUGUUAAUUAUAAUUCCAAUUUAUCUCUAUGCAAAUGGAUUGCUAUGUUGACUUGAAUUAGUCAUCCUUUUAUGAGAAAAUGAGAUCAGACCUUAUGCUAUCAAGCUGCCAGAAUUUCCUCCAAUAAUGUGCAAUAAUGCAAUACAGAUGAUCCCAUCACUUCUUGAGAAGUAGAAGGUGUAUUUCUCUAAAGUCCUAAAGAUUAUGCAU